GUUUUGUAAUGGUUUUGCAUCAUGGAAAAGUCGGAGAAAAAAAUGUCAGCCAACUACUCAAAAAGUGAAAAGAGACAAUAAUUUCCUUGGUUGAAGAAUAUCGAAGUAUAAUUCAAAGAAAAAGGACUAACUUGAGUAUUUAACAAGCAGAAAAAUGAGUUUUGGGAGAAGCUUGCCUGGGAAUAUAAUUCCAUACAAACAACUGGUCUCAGAACUGGCCAGCAACUAAAAAGCUGCUUCGAGCAAAUGAAUAAAAUCGCAAACCAACAUAAAUCUGAAGACAAUGUGAAUUUGUUAAAAUCGGAUGGCGGGGUAUGUAUGCCUCGAACUACCUUAUUUGAUGAAAACAUUUUAAUCCUUUUAAAAGACAAUUACUUCACAAUACCAAAUAAAUUUGACAGCAACAGCUAUGUUAUGAAACCAGAUGAAAUGCCAACCCCUGAAAACCCGUCUGCUACUGGAAGUGGUAAUCAGGGAAAUAUGGAGGAAAGCAUAGAUUUAGUAUAUGAAGAUAACAAAUAUUGGAGUUCAUCAAACGGAAAUUCACCAUGAUGCGAUGCAGAUUGAUGAUGAUCAAAUCAUUAACAACAACAUAAUUCCAGAUAUUUUGGAAGUGUAAAUGAACCUCAUUUGGGAGAUGCAAGUGAAUCAGAGUAUAUUAAAACAAGGAAAAUUUAAUUCUAGAGCCCAAGAUGAUUCCAAAGACCCACUACAACAUAAGCCUUCCAGUGGUCAGAGAUUUAAAAAAAGGCUUGAGUAAGCAAAGCAACCUUAUAGGCAUGAAUAACAAAAAGCUGAAAUGUACGAUUUAAAAAUUGAGGUAUUAAAGACAAUUGCAGAACUGAACUGGCACAUUUAAAAGGAGCAAAACUAGUAAAUGACAUUAAAGACCUCACUAAACAAAAGGGAAUAGUCAACCUCAAAACGAAAAACAUUGAGUUUGAAAAAUAUGACUCUUUACGCUAGGCUGCUGUAUAGAAAUUGAAAGCUUUGUAUGAAUCUAUAAAGGAGGUUUUAAGGAAAAUGUUUAUUUUUUUAAAGAUUUUGCAUAUAUUAAUGGGACUAUUUAGUCAAGGUAAAGCA